AUGCCUAAUCAAGGACCAAGGAAAGUAGCCGCUUGGUAUGAUGGUGGUCUAGCUGGUGCUGCUGCUGCAUGUUUUACCCAUCCACUUGAUCUCGUCAAGGUCCAUCUGCAAACACAACAGCAGGCAUCGAUGGGCGCAUCUCGGAUGGCCAUUAAUGUUGUCAAAACGGAUGGUAUUACAGCACUUUAUACCGGUUUAUCAGCCUCAGUCAUGCGGCAGCUGACGUACUCCACCGCCAGAUUUGCUAUUUAUGAUUAUUUAAAAACGAAAUUCCAGCAUGGAAAUGAUCCUCUUCCAUUCAUUCAAAAGAUAGGCAUCGCCGCUGUAGGAGGUGCUGUGGGAGGUAUUGUUGGCAAUCCUGCUGACAUGGUGAACGUCAGGAUGCAAAAUGAUGUCAAAAUACCAAAAGAAAAUCGCAGAAAUUAUCGCCACGUAUUUGAUGGCUUGCGAAGAGUAGCAGCGGAAGAGGGAGUACCAAAGUGGUUUACUGGCGUAACAAUGACUGCCAGUCGUGCUAUUUUGAUGACUAUUGCUCAGGUUGCUGUCUACGAUCAAGCUAAGCAAAUGCUGCUGACUACUGGGUACUUUGUAGAUAAUCCAAUUACUCAUUUUACAGCAAGUACUAUUGCAGGCACCGUUGCAACGACAAUUACUCAACCUACCGAUGUUAUGAAGACUAGAUUGAUGAAUGCUAAGCCUGGAGAAUUUAGAUCGAUAUUUCAUUGCAUCCUAUUCACAGCAAAGUCGGGUCCUUUAUCGUUUUUCAAGGGAUAUGUUCCAGCUUGGGUAAGGUUGGCUCCACAUACCAUCUUGACAUUCUUAUUUUACGAGCAAAUACGUCGUAUAAAUGGUUAUAUCUACACUGAAAAAUAG